AUGAUGACCGAACCGUCCUGGUCGUGUGACCUCUAUCUUCGAAAGGAAUACGAUUUAAACGGAAAGCCCUUACCCCUCAACAGAAUAGAGAAAGUCGCUUUUGGUACCACUAUAACGGACCCGAAAGAGCUCGAGUUAUGGAUUAGACGCGCUCAAGCGGCCAUUCUAUCCCCUCACCGAGAACAUGAAGACUUUUAUGUUAUGAACACCGACACAAUCAGGACUUCAUUGAACAACGAUCCGAAGACGUUAUCAUUCUCUAGAAACAUAGUGGGAGUCGAGGUGAAGGGCCCAGACGCCAUUCCUUUGACUUUCGUCGAUUUGCCUGGUAUUAUACACCAUGACUCGAAGAACGCCGCAAACAUUGGUUUAGUCCGUAACCUUGUCAAGUCCUCUAUCGAUGGAGGAAAGACGAGCAAUACCGUGAUACUCCUUGUAAUCGCAAUGACUGGCGAUAUGGAAACGCAAGUCGUGAACACUCUCGCCCAAGAGUCUGAUCCAGACCGUUUGAGGACUGUCGGCGUUUUGACGAAACCUGAUCUUGUCGGGCCCGGUAAUACUGCACUACAAGAUCGAUGGAAACGGAUCCUUGAAGGAAAAGAAGAUAGACUUGUGAAUGGAUACUAUUGUGUACGACUUCCGGACGACAGGCAACGCGAGCUUGGUAUCGACACCUUCGAAAGCGAGGUGAAAGCUUACUUCGAUUCUGUGAAACCUUGGAGCGAGGUUUCUGCCCGAGACAGGUUUGGGGUUCAAAACCUCGUCACCUACCUGAGCAAGCUACUAGCUGACCUUAUUGAGUCAAACCUUCCGAAACUACAAAAACAAGUCAAAAGGCUUCUAGGGAAAUAUCAAGCCGAUCUUGCAAACCUACCGCCUCCGCCGCAAGGUCAUCCUGGUACUCGGAUGAGGCGUUUACUCGACCAGUUCUCGCGAGCGAUCCACGCGGUGAUAACGGGAGAAAGCCACCGACAGGAAUAUGCGCAAAAGAAUCGUGCAAUAUACUCAACGUUCAAAGAAGAUAUCUGGAGCACCGGAAUAGGAUUUAAACCUUACAUGUAUGAACCUUCGAAGGGUUCGCCUGAUUGGAUUUCCCUACAUACCCAUGAUGAGGCCUUCGAUGGAAACUCCGUGCCGCAGUGGGAAAAGAGGGGAGGAUCGUUCCCCGAAUUCCAUAAGAAAAUGAAUUUGCAAGAGGUGAAAGUUGUUAUCAAUCAGUCUAUAGGUUGGGAGCUUCCCGGCCACGUGCCCUUUCAAGCUACGGUGAAACUCAUCCGAAUGUCCACAUCCGAGUGGAACGACCCGACGAACAAGUGUUUUUCGUUUAUCUUUGACAACUCAUGGAAGGUCUUUGACUCAUUGGUACGAGAGUGUUUCCAGAACUAUGUUGAGCUUCAGAGACGCGUCAGAACAUUGACUCGAAGCGAGUACGAAGUGUGCCGCGAGAAGGCUCUGCAAUCACUUCAGCAAACCUUGAAGGAGGAGAAGUGCGAUCCGCUGUACACGCAGAACCACCACUAUUACAGCUCUCAGAAAACAUUGUGGAAGGAGUGA